GCAAAACUCCGUUUACUCAGAGAAUUUGGCCUUGCUCACGGGUGCCACCCAUUUCACUAUGAGUUCAGCGCGGGAGGACGACAAGCUGAUUCAGUCGGCAUCACGUGCCAUUCAUGCACUGAACCACCGGCCGCCUACUGCCGGAAUGUCGUUGGAUGAAGUGGGUGGCACAUCGGAGCUGGAAGGAUGUGAGGAGUUUUAUCAUCCAGCCGGCGGCUGGACAGACGGCUGGAGAGAUGUUGCAAAAACCCUAAAGUCAGCACAGAGGCUUGCCUUCUUUUGGAGGUCUUGGGUUUUGCCUGACGGUUCCUGCGCAGCACAUGCAGACGGCUUUGAAGCCGCAGCGUAUGCUACAGGGAGAAGAACUGCCACGGUUUGA